CCAAGUAACGCUCUUUAAUUCUUUUUAAAAAACGUUUCGGAAUUUCAGCACAAUUUGAAGUGAAUUGUACCAUACCUUUUUGUACAAUUCCAACCAUGUGAAUAAACAAUGGAUAGAUCUCAAGACAAAUUUACGAACACCCACGACUUAAACUCCGAGUCGCUUCAGGGAAACACGACUACAAUAUCCACGAGAAAGUCAUUGGGGGUAAAUUUUACAGAGGCGAGUGAGGGAAGGAAAUUCAAUUUUGAGAAUUACAAUAGGAGAUACCGGGGAUCGAACUCGGGAGCUCAGAGUCAAACGGAUUUCAGUCAUGAAAACACUAUGUAUCACUUGGUUCCCAAAGUGUCCCUUCAAAGACGAAAACGAGGUGUCGAAUUUGACCUGGACAAACACGGUCACGACAAGCACAACAGCAAAAGACGUCAGAGGAAUGCAUCUCCCACUAACUUGACCUCCAGUUGGCCUUCCCCCUUCUCCAAACUGCCCUCGAUUGGGUCUGUGGGGCAGUCAUGGGAUGCAGUUGAUACAAAGGGGGCUCCUUUGACGGAAAAACAGACUAAGUUGUUGAAAUCUAGACGCUCCAAAGAGGAAACAGAAUUAAUGAAGAAACUCAUUUUCCGUCGCGCUCUCGGUGCAUUCGACAAGACUAACCAGCAAGCCGACUCGGAACCUCCGACAGAACCCGAACCGGAGUUACCCUCGACAAUGGUCAGCCACAACCGAAAAAAAAUCAUGACAUUCGAACGGCUACGAAUGUUUGUGAAUGAAGCACCGAUAGUUCCGAUUCAGCCUCAUGUUCUGGAUGCGAUUCAGAAGAAAAUAAAUAGGAAAUACUGGACAAAAAAGGAGCAUAAAUUUUUGAUCAAACGUCUGUUUGAUGAAGUCACUGUGCAGUAUGAAGAAAGCAUGAAGAAAACCAAUGUUUCGACAAUUUUGAGGGAGCCAACAUGCCUGCAAGCAAAGCACGAGCUGCAAGGGCUGGUGUGGGACGCCAGCACUAUCUUCAGAUACGAUGACGAGUGA